AUUCACCUAUUGGCUGAUUUAAGGCGGACGUGACGGAUUGUUUCCUGCAUAUUUCUUGCGGUGCUGCUGCAUGUGGAAGAAGCUGUCGCCGCCGGGCCUUUUGUUCUCGCCGUAGAAAGAAGACGCUGCCCCCGAACCACCCGCGUAGGUCUAGGUCUAGGGCUGAGGGUGGCUGCCUAGACUUUGAAGAGAUCAAAGGACAACUGGUUAACUGUUUUUGUUUCAUGAUAAAGCCCAUGGGUACCAACUGAGGAUGGGGAAACGGAAAGGUUUUGUAGCAUGAAUGUUGGGGUGGCCCAUAGUGAGGUGAAUCCCAACACCCGAGUAAUGAACAGCAGAGGUAUUUGGCUGGCUUAUAGCAUCUUGGUGGCUGUCCUCCACAUCAUCCUUCUCAGCAUCCCCUUCUUUAGCGUUCCUGUGGUGUGGACCUUGACCAACAUCAUCCAUAACCUGGCAAUGUAUUGGCUCCUGCACACAGUGAAAGGAACGCCCUUUGAAACACCGGACCAGGGCAAGGAUCGCCUCCUCACACACUGGGAGCAGAUUGACUAUGGUACACAGUGGACCUCCUCUCGCAAAUUCCUGAGCAUCUCACCUAUUGUCCUCUACAUCUUGACCAGCUUCUAUACCAAAUAUGACCCCGUGCACUUCAUCAUCAACACUACCUCCUUGCUGAGUGUCCUCUUGCCAAAGCUGCCCCAGCUGCAUGGUGUCCGCAUCUUUGGUAUCAACAAAUACUGAAGCAGUCAGAAUAUUGGUACUGCUGCGAGUUAGGAACUGCUUCUUUUUGGAAGAGCUAACUGCAAAAUCCUGGUGACAAAGCAGUGAUUGCACCAUUUGUAACUGAGGGGGGUGGCAUGAGAACUUUAGCUGUCCGCAGAACUGAGCAGUAUUGAGCUUUGUUUCUUGCAAGGAGAUUGAACCCAUUCUCCCUCUGGCUAGUCGACAAUUGGGCUGGUACCUGUUCUGGUGGAAUGAAGAGACUGAAUCUUUAGAAGGACAUGAAGUCUCCAGGGUUUCCCCUGCAAGAUUUCUUGAGCUGUUUCUAAUGGGUGACUGGGAUCAGCUUCUCUGAGAUAUAGCCAUUCUGUGUAAACCUUUUGUUUUUAUAGUAUUCUGUUGAACGUGCUGCAAAGGGUUUGGGGAGGGCAUGUUCAGGGUAGGAGAGCCUAGGUAACAGCUUUUGUGAAAAUGAACUGUCAUGCUGAGGUGACUGUAGUUCAUGGUUCUGCUGUGCAAGAAAUCCCAUACACCCUCAUUUUGUAACAGAUCAGCUUUGAGUAUAACUUGCUUCAUACCAGUCAAGUCAAAAUUCCAGAACCCAACAUAGAACUUCGCUUCUGUUUUUAAAAGAGGUUUCUAGCCCCUCUGAUUGUAAAGGAGAAAUGUAAGGCCAUGUUAGUAGUGGAGCACUCAAUUAAAAAUACAGCUUUUGUCAA